GCAGGCACACGCGUAACAGCUCGUGAGUUUUCGCUGCACAAAUCCGUGACGUCGUCCUGGUCGUGGGACGGGGUCGUCCCUAGCGUUGAAGUGCUGCAUCACAACGCGAAGCAGGACAUCAGGAUGCUCCUCGUGCUCGGCGAUAGUUACGCGCACCGGUUCCGCUCCAUCUGCGACGCUGGCGACUCCAUAACCGCCUCGGGCUGGCGCGGGGCCUGCGUGGGGGACGACGAGUUCCGUCGCUGGGCCAUACGUGAGGCGGUGCUACGUCGGCCACAGCGCGUGUUCCUGAUGGUCGGCAGCAACGACCUGGCACGCCCAGUUUUUCGCCUGCGUAGCUUCUUUGCCCUGCUACGUGAGCUGCUCCUGGGACUGCUGGCAGCCGGGGUGGAAGCAGUUUUUCUUCUGCCGCUGCCCCCCAGGACCAGACUUCGCCCAAAUGACGUGUCUGCCCAGCGAUACCAGCGGCGUCGUUGGCUGGCCAAUCGCUUUUUGAGGCGAAAGUUUUUCCGUCCCCCGGUGCAGCAGGUGUCAUUCGUCCCUUCUGACGCUUUUCUCGGUGCCGAUGGCGUUCACCCGUCUCAAGCGGGAUGGCGUGCAUUAUUUGCAUUCGUCCGUGCCGCUCGGUGUUAGGCAGCUGGAUCCCUGACGCUGAGCCCAUCACUGCCUCGCGCUCGUGUGUUGCCCCGUCUACUUGGCGCCAUAUGUAAAGCCUGACAUGUCGCCGCGUCAUAUGACCACGUAGUGCACACGUUUUUUGCUAUCGCAUUAUAUUUUGCUGCCUUGCUCCUGACUCCUGUCAAUAUAUGUUUUGUAGAUGUAUAUAUAAAUAUCAGUCAGUCCAUUUAUAUGUCAAUAUAUGCAAAAAUGUUUAACCUGCAUGUCUUUUGUUUUCAUGCGUCGGAGUGACCAUGCCGAAGGCAGCCCGUGUCGCGGGGCGUGCACGCGCCCAACCGCCGCGCGCCGCCGUAGCCGCAGCCGCCGCCACUCGGCUGAGGCUGAGGGCCGGAGGGCGUCGGCGCCACGUGCCGCGGCGGCCCCAGCGCCGCCCGCCGCCGGCGCACUGGGCUCGGGCGCCCCGCCACCAGAAGCCGUCGGCAGAGGCGCUCCGACACUCUCCGUCGACCCGGCACAGCUCCAGGACAUGAUCAGUGGGAUGAUCCGGUCGGCGCUGGCCUCGGCCUCCAGCGUGCCCGAGGCUGCCACCGGCCCUGCACCGACACCGGCCUCCGGCGCGCCCGAGGCCUCCACCGGCCCUGCAACGGCGCCGGACGCGGUGCUCCGACUCGCGGCGGCGGCUGCGCCCACCACAAGUGUUCCGGCGCCUGCGGCCAGAAGCGGACGACUCACCGGCGCCAUGGGACUGGGAGACCUGCAGCACCCUGACAUUGUCUCCGAGCUAGCUGAUGCUGCGCUGGCACCUGCCACCAUCAAGGCCUACCGCACAACUUGGGCGCAGUUUCGACACUUCCUCUGCCGUCCUGCGCCCCGUGACCUCUUUCCAGUCUCGGUGUCACAAGUGGUUGAUUUUCUCGCGCACCGUUAUGACGCCGGCUGCGGCUCCGCGACGCUCGUCAGCAUAUCUUCAGCCAUCUCAUACGGCCACAAAGUUCGUGGUCUUGUCGACCCCACCGCGGAUUUCCGAGUGCGUCAGGUGCUGGCCGGUGCCCGCCGUCUCCGGCCGGGCGGCGACUCCAGACUGGCCAUUACCGUAUCCGAUCUCGGCCGCCUAUGCUCGGUGGUCGCAGCUCUGCGGUUUUCCCCUCUCGAGCAGACAGCGUUCAGGGCCAUUUUCACCCUGGGUUUUUUUGCUCUUCUUCGUCCCAGCGAAGUCCUGCGCAGCGGGCAGCAACAGCACUACCUACGUCUUGGUAACGUCGCACUCCGAGAUAACACUCUCACAGUCACCAUUCCCUCUUCCAAAACGUCCGUCGAACCAUUCACAACUCAGCUGACGCGCCGCCCGGACAUCACCGUGUGCCCGGUCUCUGCCGUGGAGGACUAUCUGCGCGUGCGUGGGUCGGGACUUCCGCUCGAUGCGCUGUUUAUCGGUGAUAACCGCCGCCCUAUCACGUGCCGCGCUCUCACCUCCGUGUUACGGCGGGCAGGCCGCAUGGCCGGACUGGAUGCUGCCCGCCUUUCGGGCCAUUGUCUGCGCAUAGGCGGCGCCUCACACGGGGCCGCCGUUGGCAUGACGGAGCUGCAGCUCGGCCAGGCCGGCCGCUGGUCCUCGCAGGCCCUCCGACGGUACUUGCGACGUCCGGUGACCGUCCUCCAGGCGACUCCCAGUUCCUCAGGGUUCUCUACCCAUGCCGGCCGGGCUGCUCGCUGAUGGUCCUGAUGUGGGUGCGACCGUCCUUGUCGUAGCUGCCCGUCAUGUCCAUAUGUACAUACUGUGUGUUAUGCGCAACCACUAUGUCUAACCCGGAAUCAGGAAUGUUUCAUAUGUAGCGUAGAUGUUUGCAAUUGAUGUAUUCGUUUCGUGCGCGCUGCCCAAGCUAGCUUGCGGGUUCGGGUGGGGUUAGUGGGCGUUUCCUCCUCACCCAAAAACAAGCAGUGGUGACCGCCAUGUAAAUACAUAGACCCAGAACCACUGUCAUGUUUUUGCUAGCGCAAGCGUAGCGGAGAAAUGCGACAUUGGCGUCGAAGAACAGAGAGCCAAUGUCAUUUCUCUGCGGCGAGCGCGCAAACGAAGCGCCACUCCAUAGCGCGCGCUGAUUGGCCGCGGAAAGUAGGGCGCCGCGGCCCGCCUCUGUACUUUCACUACUUUCACUCUGUACGCCUUGAGCAGGCACACGCGUAACAGCUCG